GGCACCUGUCAUUGUCAAAGCAAAUUAUGUCUUAAAAUAAUUAAAUUUUCAAACGUUUUCGGAAAUAGUUCCGUUCUUCGUAUCGAUUGCGUGCCGUUAAAAUCGUCCAUGGAAUUAGUCGCCUUGACCAUUUAGUGACAAAAAUCCCGUUUGCCAUCGACGACGUGUGGCGACCGGACAUGCAACGGUAAAUACAAAUGAUGGUGGGCACAUUAAAAGUAUGCUAGAAGUGCUGCAGAUGUUCUUAUUUUUGUUCAAAUCGAAAUACAGACGAAAACAACUUUUCUGGCAAUUAUUAUGCUCUCUGUUGGUCUUAAUGUGUGUGUCGCAAUUUGUGUCCAGCAAAUGUAUUGAUGACCCCGUUGUGUGUGGAGGUAAUGGUGUGUGCAAAAACGAUACGUGCGUGUGUUACGAUGGCUGGCAGGGCCCCUCCUGCCAGUUUUGCGGCGGUAAAGUCAGAUUGGGCACCUCCAGGGGAACAAUUCACGACGGACCAGGAAAUUAUUCUCUAACUUCGAAAUGUAGCUGGUUAAUAGACGCCCCAAAUGCCACCAUCACAUUGCAUAUUGAAGAGUUUGCCACUGAAUGCGGCUGGGAUCAUUUAUACGUCUUUGACGGGGAUUCAGUUAAUUCUCCAUUACUUGCCGUUUUUUCCGGCUUGAUGUACACGGACGAAUACAGGGUGAAAAAAAUUCCCGAAGUAGUGGCCCAGUCGGGCUCCGCUCUCGUCCAUUUUUUCAGCGAUGACGCUUACAACAUGUCAGGUUUCAACAUCACUUAUCGGCUGAACGCUUGUCCUUCUGUGAUAUCUGGCAUCGACUGUUCUGGCAAUGGGAUUUGCAUCGAUGGCGUCUGCACUUGCGACGGCCGCUGGGAUGGUAUCGCUUGUCACUUGAGGAAAUGCCCAGACGAUUGCGGAGCGUCGCAGAACCGGGGCAUUUGCGAGCCCGAACGGGGUUGCCAUUGUUUUGGAGAGUACAAGGGGGACGACUGCAGUCAGCUCGCAAGUAGGGGCUAUUGGGAAAUAGUCAGUGUCCAGGGCUUUAUACCUCCCGGUUCUGCUUCCCAUGGGGCGACGGUGUGGAAAGAUUCCAUGUACAUUAUAGCCGGUGAAAGUUACAAUCGUGGUUCAUUGAUGUAUAUAUAUGAUUUUAAUGGCAACGUGUGGGAGACGCCUCACGUCAAGGAAGGUCCGUCGAUUCGUUACGGUCACUCCACGGUCAUCUACGGCGACAAGAUCUUCCUUUACGGGGGCGUGAUGGGCAACCGCGGGCCCACCUCCGAGCUGUGGGCGUUCGAUAUCAGCGCGAAAAUUUGGGAGAACAUAACGGUGAAAGCGGAAUCGUGUAACGGCAGUUUCCUGAUGUGCGGCCCGUUAAAAUCGGCCGGUCACACCGCCACCAUCGUCAAUAACAACACGAACAAAAAAGCGGACAAGAUGGUGAUCAUUUUCGGCCAUUCGCCCCAUUUGGGGUAUCUCAAUACAGUGCAGGAGUAUUACUUCGGCACGCGUGAAUGGCACAUCGUGAACACGAGCGGUUAUCCCGUGAAAGGAGGUUACGGACACACCGCCAGCUGGGACGCGUUGACCGAGAAGAUUUACGUUUACGGGGGCGUGAUAUCCGAAAGCGAAUCGGCGCAGUUGCUCAGCAAAAGUUUGUACUCGUACGAACCGGACGAUCGGGUUUGGACGCUGCUGGCGGACGCACCGUCCGCCCGCUUCUUGCACACCGCUAGUUUCAUAUCGGGCGGUUUGAUGCUCGUGUUUGGCGGCAACACCCACAACGACACGUCACACAGCUUCGGAGCGAAAUGCUAUAGCGCCGAACUGCUCGCCUACGACGUACUGUGCGACACGUGGACCGUGAUGUCCAUACGGAAGGACCUCCACGCGGACUUGGCCAGGUUCGGACAUUCGGGCGUCGUCUUCGAGGGAUCGUUUUACAUUUACGGCGGCUUCGACGGUCAAAUGCUGUCCGACAUGUUGAAGUACACCCCGGGCAAUUGUCAGUCCUUUAACACUUCGAGCAGUUGCCUGACGACGCGGCCCGGCGUCAAGUGCGUGUGGGACAUAAAAAACCUUCGCUGCUGGGCGGUGAUGAGUUUCCCGAAGGAAGUACUGAAAGAAGACAGUCCGUUGACGCGAUGUCCCGAGAAAAACAGGUCGUCGAUCCAACAGGCGAUCGUGUCCAAUACGGAAAAAUGUCAGCGGAUGGAGGACUGUUUGAGUUGCGCGCACACCACGGCCGAGUGCGUUUGGUGCGGCAGCGCGUGCGUCCACCACAAACGUUGCCGUGCCGGUAGCAACGUUAACAACAACAACGCGACCGACACCGCUUUGAUGACGUACGCUAGGGGCGACCUCUGUCCGCCAGACCCGAGACCGAUUUGCAGGCAACUGCACACGUGCACCGCUUGUACUUACCAACCGUUUUGUAGGUGGCGCUACGAGCACGCCAAGUGCGUCACUUCGCAACCGAAUUCGACUGCGGAGGCCAACGAGCCGGCGCAGUGCCAAAAGGUGUGCUCGGAGUAUACGUCGUGUAAAAACUGUACUCAGGAGGAGUGCAUAUGGUGCCAGAACGAAGGACGGUGCGUCGACAAGAACGCCUACACGUCAAGCUUUCCGUACGGCCAGUGUCGCGAAUGGACAACGAUCGGGUCAAAGUGCAGAACCAGGGACAGCGAUGAAAAUUCCCAGUGCAGCUUUUACAAGACCUGCACGAAGUGUAGGGACGACCCCGCCUGCGGGUGGUGCGAUGACGGAUCCAAGACCGGUUUAGGAGAGUGCAUUCCGGGCGGAGAUACAGGUCCGACUCUGCAUACGCAGUCUCUACCUUCGAGCACUUGUCCGGAGGGACGGUGGCAUUUCACGUCGUGUCCGCUGUGCCAGUGCAACGGACACGCCAGCUGCCUGGCAAAUACGAGCCAGUGCGACACUUGCCAGGAUUUAACGACGGGAUCGCACUGCGAGCAGUGCCGGACCGGCUACUGGGGUAGUCCGGUCAACGGCGGCAAAUGUCAGAAGUGCGAUUGUCGCGGCCACGCUGACGACUGUCAAAGGGAGACGGGCAAGUGUCUCUGCCGCACCAAAGGCCUGACCGGCGACCAGUGCGAGAAAUGUGACAUCAACAAUCACUAUCACCCCGACCACUACAACAACGGCACAUGUUACUACGACCUGACUAUCGAUUACCAGUUCACUUUCAACCUGUCGAAGAAGGAGGACAAGCAUUACACCCAGAUAAACUUCCGAAACUCGCCGAUAAAGGCGGACAUCGACGUCGACUUUUCCGUGACAUGUUCGAAGUUGGCGAAAAUGAAUAUCACGAUUAGGCGGUACAAUUCGCUCGAGGAGAAGCCCAUAUUUACCGUCCACAACUGUACGAAUAAUUUUAGUUGGGACGUUCCGGAACUACUACCCCCAUCCUACGCCGCCGCAGAAGCGUCCGGAAUAAUCUCACAGAGUUCUUCCAGAUAUCGUUUUGGCAAAUCCGAAUACAACUUCGGGGUGGAGGAUAACAUGACCCUGAGCAUGUUCUAUGUGUACGUCUACGACUUCGAGUCUCCGCUACUGAUACAGAUCUCUUUCUCGCAAUACCCAAAGCUGAACCUGCAGCAGUUUUUCAUCACGUUCUCAUCGUGUUUUCUGUUGCUACUGCUGGUCGCCGCUGUGCUGUGGAAGAUCAAGCAGCGGUACGACAUGUACAGGCGUCGGCAGCGUCUGUUCGUCGAGAUGGAGCAGAUGGCGUCGCGACCGUUCUCGCAGGUCCUCGUCGAGAUCGAGGUCAAGAGGCAGGCGGAGAUCGUCGCGGAACCUAUGACGGUCGAAAAAAGGAAGAAACGGGACGCGCCUAGUCCAAUCGCUUUAGAGCCGUGCGCGGGUAGCAGGGCUGCCGUCCUCAGCCUUCUCAUACGAUUGCCGACGGGCGGGGAACCGUACACGGUCAAAGGUCAGUCGGCGGGUUUGGCGAUCGCUAGCGCGCUAGUGACAUUGGGCAACCCGCGCAAACUCAGCGUGGACCAAAUGAAGACUGAAACGAAGACUGGCAAGUCGAGGAAGAGUCAGAGCCAGCACCCCGACGGAUGAUAGAGGACGCAUAGUCAACACGUAAACGCUGGAGGCGGUCAUCCGGAAGUCUCACAUUCCCACCCACGCGUCGGCGAAUAUCGGCGCUCACACUCACCAAUCUCACCUCAUCUCAUCUACUUAAAAACGGGCGCCCCUUAUAGGAUAAUUAAUAAAACAUCCGAAGCGUCCCGUCAAAGUUUAUGACGUAAACACAUCGCAACGUUGCCGCGUCAACUUUGUUUUUUUUUUUUCAUAAUGUCCGGUAAAGUUGUCGUUGACCUAAGUCUAUUUUAUCGGCUGGUUCAUCUCUGGUUGCCUCUCUCUGGAGCACAAAAACUGCAAUUGGAAAAAAAUGGCUGGUUUGGUUUCCAUGCUUGCGGCGAUAGAACCUAUUUUCUAUGGUUUGGUUCAUCCAAUCACGUUAUGCUGGGCAAUUUCACUAUAGGUGUAGCUUUCCGAUAAAAAUUGAAAUUGGGAUGAUUGUAAAUGGUUAUUCCACACAUCAAACAGUACAUUAAAUAAAUUUUUAAUUAAUAUUAAGACAACCUCAGGUGCCUAGGUCAAGGUUUUUGCACAUCAUAGUAAAAUACCGCCAAAAUAAACAUUUGACACCUGAUUGAAGGAAUCCAGUGGCGGUAAUGCUUAGUAGUAAGCUUAUUUAAAUUGAAGAUUUUGACCCGUAUUUUUUUAAUUGAAAAUAACAUAAACACACCCCAUUUUAUAAUGAAAGUAAGGAUAAAAUAUCACUUGUUAGCAGAUGAAACACCAAUAUAAAUAAAAAUAAAUGUGCAUUAAAAAAAAUAACAAAAUAAAACGAUGUGCUUUAAAUAAAAAAAAUGUCGCACCCCGCCUAGUCCGCACUAUUUUAAAUGCAUAUUUUUCGUUUGAAAUUUACUUCUUAUAUCUACGCGGGUGUCGAGUUUGGAAAUAUCGUUUUUGUAUUUUGUAUAUAGUAUAUAGAGGUAUAGUAUAGGCAGGGACGGCUGGUGCAUAUGCGCUCCCAAAACAUUAAGAAAAUAUUUUCUUUUACCAACAAUAAAAUUCAUAAUACCUGCAUUCAUAUCGUCAUGUUGAUGAAAAAAACAGUUUUGUGUACUUCUGACAAGUUAUAUUCACUGUGAAGAAAUUUUUUAAAUAUUCAUACGAAGGAAAGUUAGAAGUAGAUGAUAAAGUUGUACACAACAUAAUUGUAUGAAGUUUGCAUCAUUGGGGUCAUAAGGUAAGUUUUUUUUUUGCAAUACCUGCGGAGCACCUUAAAUUUUUUUUCCACGAGCCGCCACUGCUAUGUACUGUACCCAUAAUGCCAAAUAGCAAGUAGGGUCGGGUUACAUGGAUCAAAUGUCUUUGGACGGUGAUGAGAUGUGAUGUUUAAUUAAUUAUCCCAUACGCAAAUACAUACCAUAUCACAACACACACGUUCCCACUUGAAAUAUUAGGCGAUUGAAAUUGUUUUCCGACAAAAAAAAAGACAUAAUAGAUUUCAAUCGUCAUUUUUCUUACCUUGGUGUCAAUCUAUAUUACGGCGGAUAUUAGGGGGUUUCGUUUGUCGACGUGUGAACCGCGGAAGGUCGUCAGGGGAUAUGUCGAUAAAGCCGCGUUUUAUUUCAACCAUUCCAGUUACUAAUUUUGGUGGUGACGCAAAUUUCUAAUGUAAGUAGAAAAUUAAUAAAAAAUAUUUUAUAAAUUGAAUAAAAUGGAAGAAACGCGGCUAUAACAAAAGAUAAAUUUGAUAUAACAGGGUUCUCACUCAUCUAAAAUUUUUUGUUUUAUAGUGGUAACGGUUACAUUACUAUUUUAUAAAACCUGAGAACCUACCAAUUGUUUGCGAAAGAUUUUCUUUACUCUUAUAAAGCGCUUAUAACACUUAAAUGAAUAAUCUUAGGGAAAGGUCUGUUUGGGAGUUAAAAUUGAUGCAAUGUAUUUUUUGCUAACAUUAAAACGAAAAUCAAUUUUUCAAAGAAACUUCCACAACCUACUGUAAAAGCUUACAAAACUUAUGGAUUCCUCCUGUAUCGGGUGUUAAAUUGAAUUUGCUGACGAGGUGUUGAUGUAGAUUCGAAAAAACAUAACAAUGGCCGCCAUAAAAAACGUAAAGUAUUAUAUGGAUACUCAAGUGAUAUUAAACACCGUGGAAACUUACUUAGGUGUCAUAAAGCACUUGACAACUAUUACUGUUCAAACAUCAAAUAUACCAUUCUAUUCUGUUGCUUUGGCUUGAAAUACUUAUAGUUUUAUAAGUUACCAAAAAGGUAUUUCUAAAAACAGAAAAGAGCACCAACCAAAUAAAAACCUUUAGUUCGCAAAGGUCAACUAUCAUUUAUGCAAUGAUAACCUCACUUUUUACUUGUUAUUUAUUUAUCUUUUCUUGAAAGAACUGUUCUUAGUUUUUUUUUGUAUUCAGAUCAAAUUUAAAAUAAAACUAACAUGGUUCAUAAAUCCCUAAUUUGCGAAAAUUGCUAGUUGGGCAGCGACCCUGAAAAGUUCUAAACGGUCAGCGAAAGUCGACAUAUUACAUUACUGAUUAUUUUUCAUUCGAGUGAUCUCUACGCCACAGCAGCGAUUCCUUGUUCAUAGGCUGUUGUUUUGGUUAGUUAUUUAGUAUUGUUUUUUUUGGAAUCCCUUCCUGACUUUAUGAAAUCUGGUUAUUUCACAUAAUUUCAGAUUCUUCUUAUCUAGCUUAUCUAGAAAGUGGGGGAAACCCCUGGAAACUUACGGAAUCAUAAUUUUUCAAAUUUAAAUAUGGAAAGUUAGACUUAUGCGCAUAAGAUCGCCUAAGGCGCCUGCGCCUCUAACCAUAAUUUCGGUUUAGUCCUCCGUAAUGGUGAUUGACCCAGCUAAUUUAAAUAAAUUAAUGAAUAGAUUCGAUUACUUUGAUUGUUAUACGUUAUCGUAAAAGUUUGGAAUCAUAGGCGGGUUUAUCAGAGGAAUCGGUACAUCAAUCGAGUUAGAACGUAGUUUGUAUUCGAAAAGUUGCUCGCUGACGGUCUGUUGGCUGUCAAAUUUGCGACGUGACGCACUGCGGGUAGCACCCAAAAUUUCAAUGGUUCAGUUUUGGUUAGUAUGAAGGUACUCGUAUAUUUUUCGCGCACUUUUUAAAAUGGAAAAUAAUAAAUUUGUUUCAAAAAACUAAUAUGACAAUUUAGUUAUGAUAUAAAAGAGAUGAAAACAUUUUAAUAUUCUCCGAUUAAAGCUGAACGCAGCAGUAUUUUAAAAUCUUGACUAAUAGUGAAGUUAUUAUAUUAUUAUUGUACAGUGUGGCCCAAAACUGGCUUUGCAUAUUUGGGGACCUAUGGAGAUAAAACAUCAGUUUACUGGAAGUAAGAUUGUACACCUCCUGGGGUAGCAAAAUGCUGUUCAGAAAUGUCACAGAUAUAAAAAAAAAUAAAGUAAUAUUUAACUAUAUAUUAUAAAACUAGAUCAUUUUCAAUAGAGACUUUUAGUUUUUUCCUAUAUCCGACACACUUUGUAUAUAAUAUUAAUAAACGACCGGAAUUAUUGUUGCAAAUGUUUAAAAACCAUUAUUAAAAUCUGAUGGUGCCCAACAUUUAGAGUAUAUGCGUAAAGUUAGAUUUUCACCUCCCUGCCAAAGGUCAAGUAGAUAAAUUUUGGACACAUUUUGUACACUUUAGCAUAACGCGUAAUGCACACCCUGUAUCGCAUGCAAAAACCUCAUAAACAAAAUUUGUAACCCUCGAUACGGCCUAAAUAGCAAAAUGAAAGAAACCACCAAUUGAAUCAAGGUGUUUUAAUUGCGGCCAAUUUUCUUUCUUUCAAUUUUCAUUUUUUUACUGUGGGUACAUCAUGAACAAAGAAGUUCGUGGCCCAAAAACCCUCCCUUGUUCUCGUCCAAGAAGUUUUGUAUUUCGACGAACGUUUCAAGAUAUAGAAUGUUUUAAUUGUAUCCCUACAGUAUAUGAGAGGAAUAUGCGCGUGAUUUUCGAAUAUUUUGAUUUUGAAACUUUUGGUGCUAAUUGAAUAGCUUUACCCGCAGUGCGACAGAUCACAGAACAAAAAUUUGACGCGCCUAUCUAUGCAAAUUUUCCGCAUAUCGUAUAGUCACGUAGUAGUUUCAAAAUAAUUAUAUUUAAGCGAGACUGAGAUUUUAUUUAAUUUAUAAUCAUUGUUAAUUUUAUGGCGUCUUAGUUUAUAUUUAUAUAUAUUGGAUGUGAGAGAGAUCGCGAAAGCGUCGGAGCUUAUCAAAACGUCCGCUAACUUAACAGGGGCGUCGGAAUGGUUAGUCCGGAUCCAUGACGUCACCAUGACAAUUUUUCUGCGCGAGCGCCCUCUACCGUUAAUUUUAAGCGCUCGUGUCGCCGUAGUCGGAUCUCGUGCGUCCCACGCAAAGAUUUUAUUCCAAAACCGUUCGUGUUGUUGUUUUUUUUACUGCCACUUAUAAUAAUAUAGUAUUCAAUUUUUUUUUGUGUAAAUAUAAUAA